UGCCCUUCCGCUCUCCAGAUAUUAUUAAUACACCUUGGAUCAGAUUAGAUAAGAUCCUAGCCCUAACUUCUCUCCCCGCAUUUGGAGAUAUAUUUCAGGCUCCAAACUUCCGCAUCGACCUCAAAAAACAUCACGAAGCUCAUAUCUACAUAACUCACCAUCUUUGCCCUGCGGCUAUAUGAGCUAGCACUAUUCCUCGCAUACUUCCGAAACCCACAGCAACGAGGCCCGUCCCCCCGCCAUCAUCCACCAUGUCCGCUGCAACCCUUUCCCCUCCCCCUCCGCCGCCCCCCUCCUCCAUCCCCGGCCUCACUCCAGCCCAACUGGCCUCAUUCCGCGAAAACGGCUACCUAGUAAUCCCCAACUUCCUCAGCAGCGACGAAGUCUCCUCCCUCCUCCAGACCACCCACACCCUCCUGAACGACUUCCCGCUCGACUCGCACCCGCUCACCUGCUUCACAACCGGCGACGAAUCCGACGACGACGCAGACCACUGUAGCACCAACAACGCCAAAGCAAAACACAUCGGCGACCAAUACUUCCUCACCUCCGGUAACAAGAUCCACUUCUUCUUCGAGCCGGACGCGUUUAUCCCCAACUCCAGCCCGCCGCAGCUCCGCAAGUCCAAAACCCUCUCCAUCAAUAAAAUCGGGCACGCCCUACAUGUCCUCUCCCCGCCCUUUGCACAGGCUACCAUCCCCGCACCACCACCACACACGUCCGUAUCUACAUCUCCAUGUCCAUCCACCGGUGCCCGCAACGCCGCCAUCGCCCGCGACCUCGGCUUCCGCGACCCGCGCGUCCUGCAGUCCAUGGUCAUCUGCAAGCAGCCCGGCAUCGGCGCGGCCGUGCACCCGCACAAGGAUAGCGAGUUUCUGUACACGGACCCGCCGAGCGCCGUGGGGUGGUGGAUCGCGUUGCAGGAUGCCGGGGCGCGGAAUGGGACGCUGGGGGUGUGGGGGGGCAGUCAUCGGCGCGGGUAUAUUCGGCGCAGGCUUGUGAGGUGUGUUGGUGGUGGGGCGGAUGGGGGCACGGAGUUUGUGCAGUGGGAUGGGACUGGGCUGGCGGGGGAGUUGGUCGAUAGUAAUGAUGAUGGGAAUGGGAGAGGGGAAGAAGAGGAGCCCUAUGUACCUCGCGACGAGGAUUUUGAGUUAUUGGAGGUCCCUGCGGGGUCGUUGGUGCUCAUUCAUGGGAACGUGCUGCAUCAGAGUGAGCGGAAUACCAGCGACAUCAGCCGGUUUGCGUAUACGUUUCAUGUCAUUGAGGGGGCGGAAGGGUGGAAGUAUGAUGAGCGGAACUGGUUGCAGCCGGAGCCUGGGGAGGGGUUUACGAGGUUGUAUGCUCAGGGUUAUUAAAUGGGGAACUACGGUAAAAUUGCCCCAUGUCUGUGUGGACUGUUGAUGGUAGAAGAAGCUGGCGUGAUUUAUGGGUGAGUGGCGACGUGUAUGAUUUUCAUUUCUCGAUGUCUUCUUCUCAUAUAUAUCUGUCUCGGCCCUCCUUUCUAGGGCCUUGAGGUGGAUGUUUU